AUGAAUGAGAGAUCAGAUAACGAAUCUCUUCAAAUAGAAAAUGAAAGAUUUCGUUGUGACAAUAAGAGCAUGAAAGAGAAAUUGGAAAAUGUUAUGUGCCCACAAUGUGAUGAUCUACCCAUUGGAAAAGAAGAAAGGGCACUUCAUUUCCAAAAAAUGAAAAUGGAAAAUCAAUGGUUGAGAGAGCAGACCGCAAGAUUAUCCAAAAUCAUAUCAAGUAUCCGUGGGAAGUCUGUUGUGACGGAUUCAAAUUUGACACCCCCAGCUGAUGAAAGUUUAUUGAGACAAAUUAUAAGUGGCUCUUCCAUUGGAUAUCCUCCUCCUAUAAAUCAAGAAAAUAAUAAUAAUUCUACUGAUAACAUUCGAGCACAUUCAAUAAAUAUUAAUAAUAUUCCAAUAAUUUCCCCAUUAACACCAAAAAAGUUUAGUUUUUAUCGCGAUAACGAGGAGCAAUCAAUUAUUUCUUAUGUAGUUGUUCCUGCUAUGAUUGAAAUGUGUGGACUUUUUCAUUUGGAUAAUCCAUGUUGGGUAAAAUCAUCAACUGAUGAGAGGUGGCUUAUUCAUCGCGAGUACUAUGACAAAGCAUUUCCAAACCCAAAUCGACCAUAUAAAUCAUCAACUAAUCGAAUUGAAUCAUCAAGGGAUUGUGGAGUUGUACCAAUGACUGCAAUUGAGUUGAUCCAAAUAUUUCUUGAUCCGAUCAAAUGGAUGAACAUGUUUCCUACUAUAGUCACAGAAGCAAGGAUUCUUGAUUUUCUUGAUUCUGGGGAUAUGGGAAUUUCAAUUCAACUGAUGUAUGAAAAGUUGCAUAUUUUUUCUCCUCUAGUAGACGCUAGAGAAUUUUUCUUCAUACGUUGUUGUAAACAACUUGAUAAUACAACAUGGAUAAUGCUGGAUGUUUCAUAUGAUUUAUUCAAAGAGAUUCAAACUUGUGCACCUUCUUAUGCUUGGAAGUUUCCUUCUGGAUGUAUAAUUCAAGAUAUGGGUGAUCGCACGAGUCUGGAGAGUCGUCGACUUCAGAUUCAGAGAUUUUUCAUGGAUUUGACGUCUUAA